UCUCUCUUUUGGUAAAGACCAGCAUCCUUCAUUGUUAAAAAAUUCUUUUGCUUUGUAACUCCAAGAAAAAAAAAAAGGAAAAGGAAAAAACUUUUGCUUUUUUCUCUCUUCCUCUGCACCCAUUUUUCGGAAAUUCGACUGUUAACGUUGUUGCAUCCUCGUGUUUCAUUGUUCCUCAACGUUUUUCAGGACAAAUUUCAUGUGGGGUUUUUGUUGAUCAGACCCAGAUCCUGUUUCUGUCUGAUCCAGCUUUAUCAUUAUUUGCUUGUGAAAAUCCUUACAAAGAAGCACGAUUCAAGGAGGAGCAGGUUUGUGUUAAUAAGAAGCACCAUGGAUGUUGAUAAGGAUUUUUUUGGUGAAUCCUAUGGCUUCCCUCAAUUAGAGUGUUGGGUUGAUAAAUUUAGUAAAGAUCACACAGUCUUAUGAUGUCUGAGACAGAAGUAAAGUUGAAGAUAAAUUAUUGUUUCAUUGGGAUUUUUUUUUCUGACUGGAAUUGAGUUAGUGCACUUGCUUGGCUAACUUGGGGAUUAAGCUUGCUGCUUUGAUUGAUUUGAAGGAACUUCAGUAAAGAGUGUGUUUUGAAGUGCUUGACAAAAGUAUUUUGUUCAAUCAAUUUUAAGCUAUGAUCAAGCAGAUAUUAAAUAGGCUCCCUCGGAAGCCCUCCAAAUCAGUGGAAAACCGUGAAGGAGGGGGAACAUCAACAUCCUCUUCAAAUGCUUCAACCAGUGCAAGAAGCAGCGAUUUAGCAGGCUACCGAAAUGGAAAUUCCACUGCUUCACCUCUUUCUGGUGUUGAUUCUAAUUCGAGUCUUGGACUGAAUCAUGGUGACAAGAUUGUCCAAGCUGUGAAUGCAAAACUGAAUCUGAAUGGGAGUUUGCCUGCGGCUUCCUCCUAUGAAGCCCUGCCAAGCUUUCGAGAUGUUCCAAAUUCAGAGAAGCAGAAUCUGUUUAUAAGAAAGCUGCAAAUGUGCUGUGUUGUAUUUGACUUCACUGACCCUACAAAGAACCUCAAAGAAAAGGAGAUUAAGCGACAAACACUAGUAGAACUUGUGGAUUAUGUUUCUUCAGCUAAUAGCAAGUUUACGGAUACUAUGAUGCAAGAAAUCAUAAAGAUGGUGUCUAUAAAUUUAUUCCGGCCAUUGACUUCUCCGCCCCGUGAGAACAAAAUUCUAGAAGCCUUUGAUUUGGAAGAGGAAGAACCUUCAAUGGAUCCUGCAUGGCCUUACUUGCAAAUUGUGUAUGAACUUCUCCUAAGAUUUGUCACAUCACCCGAGACUGAUGCUAAGUUAGCUAAAAGGUAUAUUGAUCAUUCAUUUGUUCUCAGACUGUUAGACCUUUUUGAUUCAGAGGACCCCAGGGAGCGUGAUUACUUGAAGACAGUUCUUCAUCGUAUAUAUGGGAAGUUUAUGGUGCACCGACCAUUCAUUAGAAAAGCAAUCAACAAUAUAUUCUACCGUUUCAUUUUUGAAACUGAAAAGCACAAUGGGAUUGCGGAGCUCUUAGAAAUUUUGGGAAGUAUAAUCAAUGGAUUUGCUUUGCCGCUGAAAGAAGAGCACAAGCUGUUUCUUGUGCGAGCUCUUAUUCCUCUUCAUAAGCCAAAAUGCAUACCUAUGUACCACCAGCAGCUAUCUUACUGCAUCACACAGUUUGUUGAAAAAGACUGCAAGCUUGCUGAUACUGUUUUACGUGGAUUAUUGAAAUACUGGCCCAUUACAAAUAGUUCUAAGGAGGUUAUGUUUUUAGGGGAGCUGGAGGAAGUCUUGGAAGCAACUCAGCCUGCAGAGUUCCAACGAUGUAUGGUACCCUUGUUCCGCCAAAUAAGUCGUUGCUUGAGCAGUUCACAUUUCCAGGUAGCAGAGAGGGCUUUGUUCUUAUGGAAUAAUGAUCACAUUGAGAGCUUAAUCAAGCAGAACUACAAAAUUGUACUUCCCAUUGUCUUACCUGCUCUGGAGAAAAAUGCGCGAAACCACUGGAACCAGGCCGUCCAGAGCCUGACAUUGAAUGUGCGCAAGAUCUUCUCGGACACUGAUCCUGAAUUCUAUGAGGAGUGCAUGAUCAAAUUUCAGGAAUAUGAAGCACAAGAGAACGAUAUGAAGUCAAAGCGCGAAGCCAGAUGGAAGCGCCUCGAAGAAAUGGGAGGCAUGAAAGCUGCAACCAAUGAAGCAGUUUUGGUUUCUCCCAGGACUGCCUCUCAUGUACCUUCUGGCAAGGCAAGUAGAGCUCAAAUGGAUUGAUCCUUGAUUUUUGGCAUUGCAGGGUUGAAAACAUGAGAAUACAAGGGGGUUGAUGAUAAUGUGUUGCUUUUUGUUGCUUCCAUUGGCCACAUGAUAAACUCUCACAGGGUCAAAUAUGGGGUGCAAAAUAGCUUUAACUUGGUUUUACAAGCAUGGAAUGUAUAUAUUGGAUUGCAUGGACAUAAAUGUAUGCAUCAAGCUGCAAUAUAUCUGGGAAUUUGCUUUCUUAAAAGCCUUUGCAGUUUCAAAAUGGCUUGAGUGAGACGUUUAAUGUGCUUUCAUACUUUACUUUGAUGAAAGCAUUGCUCCAUUUUUUGUCACCAAUGUUUAUUGUUGAUUUUGGUUCUUUUGUUGUAGGUGAGUUGGUUGUUUAAGAAAAUUGGGUAAUUAGAGCUUAUCUUGUAAUGGAUUGUGGUCAAUGCUCUGUAUUUGUUUUAUAUAUGUUGAAAGCAAAUUAUUUGGUACGUUUAUUAUUGCUGACAAAAAGAAUUCAAUG